AUGGGGAUCACCGAUUUCUUUUCCGAUCUUCUGAGCUCCGUCUCCUUCGUGCAGGAGGUCCAAGCCGAAGCUCCCGCCGACGACAACGAAGACUCAGGUGACAGUAGCGAGGGAGGCAACGACGAAGAAGAAGACUCAGAGGAUAAAAAGGAAGGGGAGGAGGAAGAAGGCGAAGACGGAGGCGAGGAAGAGGGCGGAGACGACGAGGAAGAGGAAGAGGAAGAGGAGGAAGAGGAACCUGUCGACCCCAAACCCAGACUGGAAGAAGAAUGCGCCCGAUCCGCCCAAUGCGCAGGCUACAAGCACCAUUUUGACGAAUGUGUUGAGCGUGUCACGCAACAGGAGGAGGACCCCGACCACAAGGGCCCCAAGGAAAAUUGUGUCGAAGAGUUACGCUAA